AAGCCUCAUCACACUUCCACCAUCACAAAUCACAACAAAUCCCCAUUUCUACCAUCAAAUUGAUCACCAUGGAAAUGAAAUUUCCUUAUGUAGUUGUUGCUUGGAUAGCCACUUUGGCCAUCCUCCUCCUCUCCCGCCGUAUCCGCCGCCGCAAACUCAACCUUCCCCCCGGACCAAAACCAUGGCCCCUAAUUGGAAACCUUGACUUAAUUGGCUCUCUGCCUCACCAAUCCAUUCAUCAACUCUCCAAAAAAUACGGCCCCAUAAUGCAUCUUCGUUUCGGAUCAUUCCCUGUGGUCGUUGGAUCCUCCGUUGAAAUGGCAAAGAUUUUCCUCAAAACACAAGAUCUCAAUUUCGUGUCGCGCCCGAAAACCGCGGCGGGAAAAUACACAACUUAUAACUAUUCCGAUAUUACUUGGUCUCAGUACGGCCCUUAUUGGCGGCAGGCUCGUAAGAUGUGUUUGAUGGAGCUUUUUAGUGCAAGAAGACUUGAUUCUUAUGAGUAUAUACGUAAGGAAGAAAUGAAUGCUCUGCUUAGAGAAAUUUAUAAGUCUUGUGGUGAAGUAAUUAAGAUUAAGGAUUAUUUGUCUACGGUGAGUUUGAAUGUGAUAAGUAGGAUGGUGUUGGGAAAAAAAUAUACGGAUGAAUCAGAAAAUGGGAUAGUUAGUCCAGAUGAGUUUAAGAAAAUGUUGGAUGAGUUGUUUUUGCUGAGUGGUGUGUUGAAUAUUGGGGAUUCAAUUCCAUGGAUUGAUUUCUUGGAUUUGCAAGGGUAUGUGAAGAGAAUGAAGGCUUUGAGUAAGAAAUUUGAUAGGUUUCUUGAACAUGUGUUGGAUGAACAUAAUGAAAGAAGAAAGGGAGUUGAGAAUUACGUGGCUAAAGAUAUGGUGGAUGUUUUGUUGCAAUUGGCUGAUGAUCCUGAUCUUGAAGUUAAACUUGAAAGACAUGGAGUCAAGGCUUUUACUCAGGACCUUAUAGCAGGUGGUACAGAGAGUUCAGCAGUGACAGUAGAAUGGGCAAUGUCAGAGCUGUUAAAAAAGCCAGAGAUAUUCAACAAGGCAAGAGAAGAACUCGACAGAGUAAUUGGAAGAGAAAGAUGGGUAGAAGAGAAAGACAUUAUAAAUUUACCUUACAUCGAUGCAAUUGCGAAAGAAACAAUGAGAUUGCACCCAGUGGCUCCAAUGUUAGUGCCAAGAAUGACUCGAGAGGAUUGUCAAAUUGCAGGGUAUGACAUAGUCAAAGGCACUAGAGUGUUUGUGAAUGUAUGGACAAUUGGUAGAGACCCAACAGUGUGGGAAAAUCCACUUGAAUUUAAGCCAGAAAGGUUCAUGGGAAAGAACAUUGAUGUGAAAGGUCAAGACUUUGAGCUUUUGCCAUUUGGGUCGGGAAGAAGGAUGUGUCCUGGUUAUAGUCUUGGCUUGAAGGUUAUUCAAUCAAGUUUAGCUAAUUUGUUGCAUGGGUUUACUUGGAAGUUGAGUGGAGAUAUGAAGAAUGAAGAUUUGAAUAUGGAUGAAGUUUUUGGUCUUUCAACUCCAAAGAAAUUUCCUCUUGAUGUUGUGGCAGAACCAAGGCUUUCUUCUUCUCUUUACUCCAUUUAAGCAUUAAUACUUGAAGGGAAUUGCUCUUUUUCCAUUUAAGUUUAGUCUCUAAUAUAAUAUGUGUUCUAGCUGGAUUAUUGUUAUACUAAGUCUCAAGUCAAUCAGAAUAGUUCAAAUGAAAGUGAUACCAUAGGAUAUGAGAAAUAAUAAUGAUGGUCAAAUGUGAGUUUGAAGUUCUACUCUA